AUGGCUUAAUAAACUUUAGCAAACUACUUGAAGACUAUUCGUGAUACUUUAGACGCCACUCUCAACCUAAGAUUCUUUCCUUCAGAACUAGUAGAGAGACAAACCCAUCCAGAGAUCGAGUUCCAGGAUAAUGCCAAGCUAUUGAUGAAGCCUCUGAUAAUAUCAAAGAGUGAUUAGGAGAAGUGCUUGGUUGAGGCAAGCAUCAACAGUGUCAGAGUCAGCAUUGCAAUCAAGAAAAAUCAAGACAUCGAGGUGCUCUUGACCCAUAUGCUUGAAAGAUUCCUAGCCCUCAGAGCAGACAAGUUUUACAUCAUGAGAAAGAAGCCAGCUCAUGAGAAUUAUGACUUCAGUUUCUUAAUCACUGACGAGCACUUGAUGAAGUUUAAAAAGGAAGAGCUGAUCAACUUCAUCCUUGAGUUCAUCCAGGGUAUUGACAAGGAGAUCAAUGAUAUGAAACUGGCUAUUAUUAACUAGACUCGUAUUGCAGCUGCAUUCUUCACAAAUGCAUUAGCCAAUAACCCAAUUUGA